AUGAACGGUGGCAUCGGCGAUAGCCCUCCGCGGGAGCUGUACGAGGCCGGCCCCGUGGACGUCGACCUCGCCGCGCACGCCGGACACAGCCACCACGGCGACGUCUGCCCGACACCGGGCUCGUGCUUUCCCGUGCCCGGCGACCAGUUUGAUACGUUUGCCGACCUCGAGAACCGGCUCAAAGUGCACAGCCUUGACCAUGGGUUCACGCUCGCGCGCAGCACGCACCUCUUCUCAUCGACGCUGGCGCUCGAGCUCUUCCGCGUCAAGUCGCCGCUCAUCAAGGUCGUGCACCGCGGUAGCUUUUACUGCAGCUACAAGGUGUGUCCGGACGACAGCACGAAAAAGUGCUCGUGGCGGAUAACGUUUACGUUUGACCGGACGCUGCUCAAGUACGUCAUCAAGACCGAGCGCUACUGCUCCAUGCACUCGCACGAGAUUGGCGAAGAGGCGGCGAGCAGCUCGGCGAUCCACCGCGAGAGCCAGCUCUACGAAGCCGAGCUCGACCAAAUCCAGGCCAUGGCGCUCCAAGACCUUUCAAUCCCCGAGAUCCGCUCGCGCAUGCAGGCCACGUACCCUGGCAAAGACUACACGCCUGACCUGCUCCGGCGCAUUGUGAAAAAAACUAAGGACCACGCCGCCCGUCCAGCGACCGCCGACGACGCUGCCAGCACGUCGCAGGUGCGGUCCGAGCUGCGCGCAAUGCCGCCGCGCUCGGUGCCGACGCUGCAAGAGUCGGAGCAAGAGAGCCGGUACCUCGAAGUCCACCAGCGCUUCAACCAGAUCGUGUCCAAAGUUAUCAACGACCCGCACCGCUUCAAGCUCUUCUCGCUCAACCUUGUCGCGUUCGAACACUCGCUCACCAACCCGCUCCCAGUGCAGUUGCCGCCGUCCUCUAUGCUCAUGGCGCCGGCUCCGUACGACCGGCCCUACACCGCGACGGCCACCUCCAAUUCGACGACGACGAGCACGGGCGCCCGCCAGCCGCGGCCAAAACGGCCGCGCACAGGCCACGAGAGUGCGAUGGACGAAGCCUUUCUCUCGACCGAGAUGGCCAACAACCCGCUCAACCAUCUGUAG